AUGAAAUUAUUUAAUAAUUUAAUUACUAUGACUGAUGAUUAUGAUCAAAAAUCCAAUUUAAUUGGUAUUGGUUAUUGUUUCAAUGGGAUAUUAAUGGCUUAUGUCAAUAAUUAUACUACUACUUAUAGUAGUAUUAGUAGUAGUAGUAUUACUAAUGAUUCCUCUGAUCGUAAUUCUAUAUGUAGUCAAUUUCUAUUGAAUGUACAAUUAUUUGAUAAUAAUAAUAAUGAGACGAUACGGUUUAAUGAUUAUAUAUAUGGAGAAUUUUCAUCCUUUUGGGCACCAGUUCAAUGUGAUUUAAUUCGAUUUGAGUUUUCAGUUUCUGGUAAUAAUCAAUCUGUUUAA